AUGAACCAGUGCGAAACAGUCCCCUGGGGUGGUUUUCCACUUUGCCAUGGAGAAGACUUUGACAAAUUCCCUGUCGCACCACUGUUUAUGCCGUUUCAUAGCACGGUACCGGAUGAUGCACAGGUACACGCAGACCUCGACGGACUCGCAACCGUGACAGAUUGGCGCCACGCUCUGAAAACUCGACGGCACGGAUGUCAAUGUCCAUUCUGGGGCCCUUCCGCAUUCGCGACCGACAAUCUGCAUCCUGAUACCCACGUUGUGCUGGAGCCACUUCAAAGAACGACAUAUGCACGUAGCAUCUCGCCAGUUCUCAGCUCAAAUUCGUCCCAUUUCUCCGCUCAAUUAGGCGGGGGAGUUGGAAACGAAUACCUCAGUGUUACGGUUUCGGGAAAAUAUGAUCGCGUGGUCGCAGAUACUCAGAAGACAUGUCGAGACUCUACAACAGUUCAUACCAUCACAGGUCAGCUUGGGAUUAGCAGGCUUCCUGUGUUGACAAAGGAGGCGAUCACUUUGUUACAGGAGGAGGGUCCCGAUAUGUUCGAAAUCAUUUACGGGUCGCAUUUUGUUUGGAAAAUCAUCGCCGGGGCUGAAGCUGGCUUCUGUCUGGCAAUGACAAGCAUGAGCCACACCGAGCGCGAAUCUCUGUCGAUCGUGGCUGAGAUUGAUUUGUUCUUCUUCUCUACCAGCGCCGAGGCAGAGAUUUUAAGCAAGUAUGAAUCAAGUUUCACGGAGGACUUGAAAUGUACUUUCUACGACACUCUUGAACACGACUUCAGCACCAAAACAGGACUGGAGCUGAAAAAGGGUCUUGGAGACUACGCGCGAAUGAUCCGAGACAAGGUGGGCCGUAUUGAAAAGAGAGUGGCAGAACGCAUCCACCCAAUCAUCUCUUCCCCGGCAGUCUCUCUGAGAUCAAAGGAGAUGUCAGAUUGCAUGAUUGCGGUCUUGGUAGCUCCCUGGAGUAUUCUGUUGGAAUGGCACGAAAGCGCGAACAAGUGGAAAGCAAAGACGCAGUAUCGAGAAUGUUGA